AUGACAGCCCUUGGCAGUAUGGAGACCAUCCCGGGCAGUAUUGUUUUUUUUUUACCCCCUUUUUUUUACAUACACUCCCCUUUGUACACACACCUUGUGUUGAUCAUGGUCAUGGACAUUGACCACCUGGAAUCCAUACUCUUCCCCGGCCUCAACAACCUCCCAAGGUUUCUAGGCGCAAUCUUGUGGACGGGACCGUUUUAA